AUGUCUGCUGAAUACGAGGGUGCUAUCGGUAUCGAUUUGGGUACAACCUACUCCUGUGUUGGUGUUUGGGAGUCCGAGCGUGUUGAAAUCAUUGCUAACGAGCAAGGUAACCGUACUACUCCUUCUUACGUUGCCUUCUCUGAUGCCGAACGUCUUGUCGGUGAUGCUGCCAAGAAUCAAGCUGCCAUGAACCCCAAGAACACCGUCUUCGAUGCUAAGCGUCUCAUCGGUCGUCGUUUCGAUGAUCCCGAAGUCAAGGCUGAUAUGAAGAACUGGCCUUUCACCGUUGUCGACAAGAAUGAAAACCCCUUCAUUCAAGUUGAAUUCGAGGGUGAGACCAAGACUUACUCUCCUCAAGAAAUUUCCUCCAUGGUCCUCAUCAAGAUGAAGGAAAUUGCUGAGGCCAAGCUCGGUAAGAAGGUCUCCAAGGCCGUCGUUACCGUCCCUGCUUACUUCAACGACAGUCAACGUCAAGCUACUAAGGAUGCUGGUACCAUUUCUGGUCUCGAUGUUCUCCGUAUCAUCAACGAACCUACUGCUGCCGCUAUUGCUUACGGUUUGGAUGCCAAUGACAAGAAGGAACGUAACGUUCUUAUCUUCGAUUUGGGUGGAGGAACCUUCGAUGUUUCUCUCUUGACCAUUUCUGGUGGUGUCUUUGCUGUCAAGGCCACUGCUGGUAACACUCACUUGGGUGGUGAAGAUUUUGAUAACACUCUUGUCAACCACUUCGUUGCUGAAAUCCAACGCAAGCACAAGAAGGAUAUCACCGGUGAUGCCCGUGCUCUCCGUCGUCUUCGUUCCGCCUCCGAGCGUGCUAAGCGUACUUUGUCUUCUUUGACUCAAACCACUGUUGAAGUUGACUCUCUCUUCGAUGGUGUUGAUUUCCAAUCCAACAUCACUCGUGCCAAGUUCGAGGAAAUCAACUCUGCUGCUUUCCAAGGUACUGUUGAGCCCGUUGAACGUGUCCUCAAGGAUGCCAAGAUCGACAAGAAGAAGGUUGACGAAAUCGUCCUUGUUGGUGGUUCUACCCGUAUCCCCAAGAUCCAAUCUCUCCUCCAAGAUCUCUUUGACGGUAAGGAGUUGAACAAGUCCAUCAACCCUGAUGAAGCUGUUGCCUACGGUGCCGCUGUCCAAGCUGCUGUCCUCACCAACCAAGCCGGUAACGAGAAGACUCAAGAUCUCCUUCUUUUGGAUGUUGUCCCUCUUUCUCUCGGUGUUGAAAUGCAAGGUGGUAUUAUGGCUGUUGUCGUCCCCCGUAACUCUCCCAUCCCUUGUCAAAAGUCCAAGGUUUUCACCACUGCCUCUGAUAACCAAACCACUGUUACCUUCCCUGUCUACGAAGGUGAGCGUUUGAUGACCAAGGAAAACAACCUUUUGGGUGAAUUCUCUCUCUCUGGUCUUAUCCCCGCUCCCCGUGGUACUCCUGAGCUCCUCUGUACCUUCGAUCUUGAUGCCAACGGUAUCUUGAAGGUCACUGCUCAAGACAAGACCACUGGUCGCAAGGCUGAUGUUACCAUCUCUAACUCUACUCGUCUCUCUGCUGCUGAUAUUGAACGUAUGGUUCAAGAUGCUGAGAAGAACGCCGAGUCUGAUAAGGAGCGUGAGGCUGUUGUCCAAGCCAAGCAAGACCUUGAGGCUUAUGUCUACCAAGUCGAGAACAACAUCUCUGACCCUAAUGUCAACAUGAAGCUCCGUCGUGGUGACCGUGAGUCCAUUGAAACUGCUCUCGCUGAGGCCAUGGAACUCUUGGAGAUCUCUGCUGAUGAGGCCAAGGCUGAUGACCUUAAGUCUGCUCAAUCCAAGUUGAAGCGUGCUUCCACUCGUGCUUUCGCUCACGUCUACUCUCAACGUCGUUAA